AUGGCUCUGGGGCCUACCCUCGGGACCGGGGUCUUCAUUGCUCCCGGUCAAGCUCUGGCCGUUGGAGGACCAGGUUCCCUUCUUAUCUCAUAUAUAUUCUCAACUCUCCUAGUAUACUGCAUGGCCGUGACUGUUGCCGAGGUUGCCGCCCACCGACCCGUUGCCAAUGGUACAAUUGUCACUCAUGGCUAUCGAUAUGUCUCGCGAAGUUUCGGAUUCUCCCUGGCCUACCUUCGGUGGGUCUCUUUUUCGAUGCUGGUUCCAUAUGAGAUCACAACUGCCCUGGUCAGCAGUGGGCUUUUGGAGCCUGGAAACAAGGUUGCUAUGCGGAUCGCCUUGGUAAUUCUGAUCAUCAUUGGGUUCAACUUUACGCCGGAAAGGAUUUUCAGAAGACUAGAAAAAGUGUCCACGGUCCUAACUCUCCUUACAAUCAUUACGAUGCUGGCGGUAUCGGUCAUUCUCUGCACCAAAGAUAUUCCCGGCGGCCCGAUGCGCGGCUUCCAUUACUGGACAAACCCCGGCGCUAUGAAUUCGUAUCUUUUCCCUGGCGCUCUCGGACGGUUUGUCGGUCUCUUCCAAACCCUACUCUUCAGCACCAUGGCGUUUGCCUUUACACCAGAAAUGAUUGUCAAUCGAGGCGAAGGGCUGGAACCGUCGACGCAUCCCAACAUCAUGCAUAUCGCCCGUCGGGAUGUUUUCCAGUUUGCUGCCGUUCACCUCCUGGUCGCUCUGGCCGUCGGGAUCAUUGUCCCUUCAAAUGAUCCGAAUUUGCUCCACCGUGGAUCCGGCCCUGCCGGGUCGCCAUUUAUCAUCGCCAUGAAAAACGCCAAGAUUGGGGGGCUACCCACGGUAAUCUCGAUGAUUAUGACCUUCUCGUCAGUGGCGUCUGGGCGAUCGUUUCUGUUCCUCUCGUCGCGGGCCUUACUCGCACUGUCGGAAUCCGGUCAUGCGCCCGCGAUACUCCAGGCUCGGACAAGCUGGGGGGUUCCAUAUGUCGCCGUGUUGACCUCGGCCGUGUUUGCGAACCUGGCAUGGUUGUGUCUGCGCGUGUCGAGCUCCACCGUCUUCAACUGGCUGGGCCAGAUCAGUACCACCAUGGGAUACCUGUCGUGGCUGUGCUCCUGCAUUAUCUACCUCCACUUCCACCGCACUGUCGAGCGUCGCUACCGCAGCCGGAUUCAACCCUACGGCGCGUAUAUCGCCAUUUUCCUGUGCUCGAUGCUUCUGGUCCUCAACGGGGUUAGCUACUUUGUCUGGACAAACUUCACCCUGGCCCGCAUGACCACGGCUUACAUCGGACUGGUGCCGUUCGGAUUCUUGUAUGCGGGACACUAUUUCCAUACCUGGAUGGGAGGUCACGGCCAGCAGUCAGCAGAGAAGAUCGAGCUUCAGAAUACCUCCUCUGUCGCCAUCACGCAUUCCACUACGGACUCCUAUCCGGUCACCGUCCCGCUCAAAUCGCCCGCCCUCGCCAACGGCGCCGUCGCCUCAAAGGACGUGGUCUUCGCCGAAGACGAAGAACCCUAUACCAUCAAAUGCAUCUGCGACUACGACGAUGACGAUGGCAAUACCGUCUUCUGCGAAGCCUGCGAGACCUGGCAGCACAUCGAGUGCUACUAUUACGGUCGUGAGGUGCCCGAGGUCCACAACUGCGCCGAGUGCGAGCCCCGUCCGUACGAUGGCCGCCGUGCGACCGAGCGACAGCGCCGCCUGCGUGAGCAGCAAAAUGAGCAGCACAGCGACGGCGGUGACCGGAGAUCCAAGUCGAAGAGCCAGAAGAAGAAAACCCUGCCUCUAGUCAAUGCGCCGGUCCCCGCGCGCAAACGGUCCGGAUCUAGUGCCAUCAGUCCCACCACGAUGGCGGCGACGAUUCCGCCUACGCCCUCGUUAUUAUCAUCAGCAUCGUCGUCGUCGUUGUCGGGGCCUGCCAUUCCCCGCUACGCUCCGGAAUUUCUUCAUCUCUACGACCACGAUGCCGGUGCCACUCCAAUGGAUAGCAACCUGUACGCCAGUCUGUCACUCACCAAUGAUUUUGCCACGUGGCUUCACGAUCCCAUCGCCCUCGCCGACGAGACAAACGGCCGUCGACCCCAUGAAGUCUACACUUGGUCCGACGAGGCCAUGGACCAGUCUCGCUGGCCGCGGCUCGCCGUCGAAACCAUCACCCACCCGCCCCUGACGGUCGACGGGCCUAGUCCCACGUGGAAGUUGAUCCGCACCCACUCGCGCGUCCGGCGCGACGAGAUAGUCGGUGAGAUCCAGGGAAAAGUCGGUCGCCUGCGCGACUACUGCCGCGACCCCGCCAACCGCUGGCCCGAGCUACAGCACCCGCAGCCCUUUGUUUUUUUCCACUCGCAGCUCCCGAUCUACAUCGACAGUCGCCAGGAGGGCAGUCUGCUGCGCUACGUGCGCCGCUCCUGCCGUCCCAACGUCACCCUCAAGAUCUACAUCACCAACCAGGUCGACUACCGCUUCUGUUUUGUCGCCAAGGAUGACAUCCCCCCCAACGCCGAGAUCACCGUCUCCUGGUACCUGUCGCCUGCCCUGCACCUGGCAAACGAUUUUGUCAAACCCGAAGGCAGCGAUUCCCCCUCAGACUAUGCUGUCACCUGUUUCAGCAAGGUCCUGGCCAACUUUGGCGGUUGCGCCUGCUCUGACUCGCACCACUGUCUCGUCUCCAAACUCGAUCGCCGCCGCCAGCCCAAGUUGGCCGUUGAAACAGGCGGCCGUGCGGGGAGUGAAUCGACCAAGAACCUGGACGAUGAAGAUCCUCCAGUCAUCACCACCACCACCGCCGCCGCAGCCGCCGCUUCUGCUGCUGCUGCUGCUGCUGCUGCUGCUGCCGACGGUCGGUCCACGUCAGGCUCCGUGCGAGGCCAGACACGCAGCCGCGAUCUGACCCCUACAAUACCCUCUAAUCCGCACGACGUCUCCCCGUCAUUAGCAGAGAACGGGCUGUCCGCACGUGACCGACGCAAGAUCGCCGCCGUUGAGAAGAAGUUCCAGCAGUUGGAGCAAGACCAACAGACCGCACAGCGCAAGAAGAAACGCUCCAGCGGCCACUCCACCCAGACUGCCUCGACAUCCGCGCGAACAGACGGUGGGUAUUUCGGCACCGCCGGAUCCAAACGUUUGGACACUGGCUCCCCCUCGCACCGAUCGGCCUCCAAUACACCUGUCCGGACGCUAGGAUAUGUUCACCGUGCCAUUCAAACGGAUCCUACGGAAUAUGACACGCGGUUUGUUCCCUCACCAUCGGCUUCUGUUCGUCGGCCAAGUUUCGUUUCGCUCAGCCAGCGGUUGCUGCGAAAAUGUCAUCAUGAUCGUUUUCGAUCGGCAAAGAUGUGGACGACGACAAUACCGCAACCGACCAUCGUCAUGCCCAUGACUCCAGUGCAGGUGCCACCUAGCGGAGAUAUUGAGAUGCAAGACGUCGAUUCCCCCACCGAACGACGGCCUUUGUCGCGUGACUCGGACAUGGCUAGCAGCAUUGCCGUCAGCCAGGAAGAUUCACGACCGGUAACACCCGUCGGCCCGAACAAUCUGGCAUUCCCCGCACCGUUGCCGUCGACUGUCGCUCACCAUACGCCGCUUCUACAACAGCAUCAGCAACCGAAGACGGCCAAUGGUUCACGGACGGACCUCCGCAUCCCGAUUCCACAACCUCACGUCGGAUCAUCGGCGACAGCACCAACAACCGUCAGUCCAAGAUCCACCACUCCGUCUACGACACAGUCGGUGAGGUCGGCGCAAUCUCCGUCAAUCACGAUGGAAUCCCCGUCGGUCACAACGAGCACCGCACCGCCAGGGUCAUCAAGUAUCACUGGCCCCAGCCCUGCGAAAAAGAAGCUCAGUCUAGGCGACUAUCUCAUCCGAAAAGGCAUGACGACCCCGACUUCCGAAAAAACUCAGGCGCAAGCCACGGCGAUGCUCCCGCCCGCCGGGCAGCAGCCGCAGCAGCCUCAGCAAAAGUCGCCGGCUGCAUCUGCGUCUGCUCCCAAUGGCACUGGGUCUGUCGACGCCAAGGAGUCGAUGAUCCAGCCACAAUCAAGCGGUGUAGUCGACGUGCCGAUGAAGGACGUGCCCGAGACCACGCGCUCGCCGCAGGUUCCCUCUGUAUCAUGA